UCUCUAUUGCGCUUAGGCAUCUCAGUCGCGGAAGAAUAACGCUCGUUUUCGGACGCAAAUCUAUCUUUCGUGCGGAACAUUGCGCCGAAUUGCGCUCGCAGAACGAUCGGUAAUCGGUCCUUUUUAAAAGAGAGCUCCGCCGCCUCACAUCGAUUCUCCGCGUCGUCAUUCGAAUUAAAGGGAGGUCUGACCCGUAUCAGCACUAGGUGGGCCGCUCGCCGUGAAUUUUUCGCCACUCGCAGUCUGAUAAUACCGUCUGGCGUUCAAUCGGAGAUUGCUGUACAAACAUAUUGUCUUCGGUCCAAUUCAAGGCUCAAUUCUUUCCAUCGCCGUCAUUGAGUGUCCUCGUAGCAUAAAUCGUCGGGCUCCGCGCACGGUGGCCGCAUUCAACCCCCUGAUCUCCAGGCGUAGGUGUUGCCCAGGUGCGAUCGAGUCGAAACAUGGAAAACACGUGACGCCGUAAACGAUCGAGUGACAAGAACACGAGGAGCUGCAAAAGACGAAGAGCAGAUUCCGCAAGUGAGUCGGGACCUGUUAGCCGAACGGAACGGAAGCGAAAAGCGAUGCCAAGGACCGCGAGGACGACGGAGGCACAUCGGAACCGCGCGACCCGCGAUUGAGGUCACCGAGUCUGCAUCGAAGUCGCUGGUGCUAGGCGCUUGCCAGUUGCGGCCGAUCGUAGCCGACGGCUACGAGUCGAAGCGAGGAUGAAGAACAAUUCGAGCAACUCAAACCACGAGAAGAACGGGCCGGAGAACCUGAAGCUCCUGCAGGUGCCGACGACGCCGCCCGCAACGCCGUCAACCCCCACGACGCCGACCAGGGGCCUCGAGGACGUCUUCAAGGAGCUGCCGAUCACCGACGAUACGUCGUGCGGUAUAUGGUGCUUCCGCGGUCCGAUCUUGCAGAAGUUCGCCAACAAGAAGGCGUAUGUGUUUCUGUAUGGUGUUCUUGGUUGCAUAUUCUCCGCCAGUUAUGCCUACUUUAACGGUACCAUCACCACUAUUGAGAAGAGAUUCAAGAUACCAUCGAAAACGACGGGUCUCAUCACAGUGGGUAACGACAUCUCGCAGCUUUUCGUGUCCAUCGUUCUGUCGUAUUACGCAGGAAGGGGUCACAGGCCUCGAUGGAUCGCCUUCGGUAUUUACACCGUUGUACUUUUCUGCUGUCUAACGAUGUUACCGCACUUCCUCUACGGACCUGGCGAGGAUGCGCUGUCACUGACCAAAGAAUACGGGGCGAAAUCCCAAACUAUGCAAAACAUGAGCAUCCUUUCUGAAAGACAUCGAAAGUUUCUCUGCUUGAGUAAAGAAAAUCGUGGGAGGGACUGUGAGACCGAGGAUGGAAAUUUCGCGCCGCAGGUGCUUCUUUUCGUAGCCCAGCUCGUGUCUGGAAUGGGUGGCUCGCUUUAUUACACCCUCGGAGUAUCGUAUAUGGAUGAUAAUAUACAGAAGUCGAAAACGCCAGCAUUGAUCAGUUUUUCGUACUUCCUGAGGAUGCUGGGGCCCGCCAUCGGUUACGGGCUGGCCUCGUUCUCCUUGAAGUUCUACAUCAGCCCGACUCUUACUCCCACUAUCACGAUGCAAGAUCCGAGGUGGUUGGGUGCCUGGUGGCUGGGCUGGAUCAUUCUGGCCAUUCUUCUUUUCAUAUUCGCGAGCGUGAUCGCCCUCUUUCCGAAAACCUUGCCGAGAGCGGCCGCUCGCAAAGUCCUGGCCCUGGAACGUAACAGAUCAGCCGCCAGCAUCAAGGGCGAGCAAGAAUCGGAGCUACCGGCAUCGAUCGCUGACAUGUUGAGUACGUUUAAACGCUUGCUGACGAACACGACUUUGAUGUGCAACAGUCUAGCAAACGUCUUCUACUUUAUGGGCUACAUGCCGUAUUGGAUCUUCAUGCCGAAGUACAUCGAGACCCAGUACAAACAGUCGGCAUCAGUCUCGUCGUUGAUCACCGGCACGGUCGGCUUAGUGUUUAGUGCCUUUGGAAUUUUGUUAUCCGGCUUAGUCAUCUCGAAGUACAGACCGAAAGCGAGGCAUCUGGCAGCGUGGAACGUCAUGAUCGGCAUCAUAUCGGUCCUGGGAAUGAUCUCUUACGCUUUCCUCGGUUGUUCGGCAAACGAUAACCAGAUAGCGAUACAGCCGAACGGCGUUCUAAAGACGCAGCUACCCUGCAACGAGCAGUGCCAUUGCGACUACGUCACGUAUAAUCCCGUGUGCUCCGAGCAGGGGCAAACAUUCAUAUCCGCGUGUCACGCUGGUUGCCGCGGCAUGCAGCUUUUUGAUAAUGGCAGCGAGAUUUAUACGGACUGCAGUUGCGUGAAGCCGAAGUUGGCCCGCUUCUUGGCACAUCCAUUUACCAAUAUCACUUUACCAACUUUUUCUACCGAUCUACCAUCGGAAACGACCGAACCAACCAUGGAAAUUCUGGGUACAUCUAUUCCGGGUUCGUGCCCUGUUGACUGUAUGCAGAAGUUCUACAUCUUCCUGGCAGUGGUGUGCUUUUUGAAAUUUAGCGGCGCAACCGGAAGAGCGUCCAACUUUUUAGUUUCCGUAAGAUGCGUCGAGGAGAAGGACAAAACGGUUGCCAUGGGCUUCGGAUUAACGAUAAUGAGUCUCUUCGCUUUUAUACCGUCCCCCAUUCUGUUUGGAUUCAUAUUAGACAAGACCUGUCUUGUGUGGGGCAAAACGUGCUCGGGCACGGGAAAUUGCUGGCUGUACAACGGCGAGGCGCUGAGGUACUUGAUGAACUUCACCGCGGCCAGUUUCGUAACAAUUGGUACGUUAUUUGACGUGGGUGUUUGGUAUUUCGUCAAAGACGUCAAGAUUUUCGACGAGGAGAUCGAAUUGCAAGAUAUAGCUGAGGAGCCCGGCGAGACUCUUUGAGAAGUGAUUAUCGAUGACGAUCAAUAUCCCUUCCUCUCGGAACGUGCGUUACGCGAGAGGAAACUUUGAGGAUCUUUAGAAAAGAUCGAAGAAUGCGAAGCGAGCGGGAACCGACAAAUAAAGACUUUACAAGUACCUUAAGCACCUCCUUAGAUAUUUAAAGCUCAUAGAUAAACCCGACUGUUGGUAGGUCAUUCAUGGUAUUUGCAAGAGAAGGAAUCUUUUACCUUCCAUUUCCUGCGAUUAAUUAGUUUUAUUUUAUUUACGGCAAACGCUGUAACGAAUAAAGCCAUAAUUCGUUGUACGGUAUAAAUAUACGCUUUAUCGUUUAAACUUACGUUUAAAUGAAAUAUGGCGAAUCUUAAAUACCAAUCAUGUAAAAUAAAGUACAUGUAAAGUGUACGUAUAUUCCGUAUACAGUGUCAAUCGCUGUCAAUCAUGAAACAGUGAUUCAUAUUAAAAUGAAUCAUUUAUAAAGUCAAGUAAUUGUACAUAUUGUGGUUAUAUUUCGAAUUACUAACUGAGUAAGGAAUUGUAACUUAUCUACUCAUAAUAUAGGUACAUAUAAAUCUAUUCGCUGUAUUCAAAUUAUCUUCAUUUGAAAUCUUUGUUUCUCAAGGCAUUAUUUAAGAAGAAUUUGUUAAUAAAAAUCAUUCUUAGCGGAUAAGUAGACGAAAUAAUACACAAAAUUAAUAUAGAAUACAUUUUAAUUGCAUAAUAAAUAUCAAAAAAAUAA